GUUUAUUAACUUACAGCUUGAUGACUCGUGUCAUUGCUGUAGUUUAUUAACGUAACCUUUCCUUCCUUUAGCAUUAAUGACAAGUCAGCUCUGGUCAUGUUAUAUCACAAAUCAGAAAUCUUAUAGUAGCAACUUGCUCUUUCUGGUGAGGCACGAGCCGGUAGAUGGCAGUAAUGCACCUGAGCUGUUUACCAACCGUCAUAGAAGAAGAAGGAGACCACAGCACUGCGCAUGCGCUACUCUGGUUCUCCACGGAGCUGCUGGAGGAAGGUUCUGGUAGGUGUCUGGGUGGAUUUAGGUGUGUGUUAGUGUUUCUACAGGCGGUGUGAGAGAACCAACAGCAGCUUUAAGUGUUGGACUGAGGCUGGGACUCAGGUAGGACUCCUCUAGACUCUGUUUACCGCUCUUAGUCGUGCUCACUAGUGAUGCUGGACACCAGAGACACCUCCAGUCCGCGGUGGGUUCGGGUCAUCCAUUGUCUGCAGCCGGACAGGGGCGCAUCUACCUGCUUUCGGAGGGGUGUGCAGCACACAGCCCGCUUCACAGAGCCCCAUCUUUAUGAAGUGUCUGUUAGCUAAACACGGCUAAAGAAAACCUGCUACCACUUCAGGAUCAUCCAUCAGCUGGGACUGCUUCAUCAGCAUGGACACAGGUGUUAAAAUAAUGGCGCUGGUUAAAGAAGAAGCUCAUGAAGAACAGAGUGCUGGUGAGGACCAGCAGGAAUCAGAACACCUUCACAUAAAGGAGGAACAGGACGACCUCUGGACCAGUCUGGAGAGAGAGCAGCUACAUUUGAAGGAGACUGAUGCUGCCAGAUUUCUAUUCACUGCUGGUUCUAUAAAGAGUGAGGAUGAUGAAGAAAAACCUCUCGUCUCACAGCUUCAUCAGCAGCAAACAGAAGACCGAGAAGUUCCAGCGAGCAGCUCAGCUGACCAUGUGACAGCAGAAAUGACAAGUCAUUUAGCAACAAGGUCUUCAGGCUGUUGUGUUAGUAAGGAAUGUGUUAUAGUGAAGCAACAUGCAGACUCAUGUAGGGAAGUCCAGAAAAAGACUAAAACGUUUAGUUGUGAUCACUGUGGAAAAGAAUUUAUGGUUAAAUCAAGUUUAAACAGUCACAUGAGAAUCCACACAGGACAGAAGCCUUUUGCCUGUGAGCUGUGUGGACAAAGAUUUACCCGAAAGACACAUUUAAAAGAUCACAUGAGAAUCCACACAGGACAGAAGCCUUUUGCCUGUGAGCUGUGUGGACAAAAAUUUAGUCAUAAGACACAUUUAAAAGAUCACAUGAGAAUCCACACAGGACAGAAGCCUUUUGCCUGUGAGCUCUGUGGACAAAGAUUUAACCGACGAACAAAUUUAAGCAGACACAUAAGAAUCCACACAGGACAUAAGCCUUUUGCCUGUGAGCUAUGUGGACAAAAAUUUAACCAACGAACAACUUUAAACAGUCACAUGAGAAUCCACACAAGACAGAAGCCUUUUGCCUGUGAGCUGUGUGGAAAAGGAUUUAACCGAAAGACAGUUUUAAACAGACACGCAAGAAUCCACACAGGACAGAAGCCUUUUGCCUGUGAGCUGUGUGGACAAAGAUUUUGUUAUAAGGCAAGUUUAAACAGUCAUAUGAGUGUCCACACAGGACAGAAGCCUUUUGCCUGUGAGCUGUGUGGAAAAGGCUUUAACCGAAAGACCGAUUUAAACAGACACACGAGAGUCCACACAGGACAGAAGCCUUUUAUAUGUGAGCUCUGUGGACAAGGAUUUAGUCAAAAGAGAAGUUUAAACAAUCACACGAGUGUCCACCCUGGACAGAAGCCUUUUGGUUGUGUAACUUGAUGUAAGUGGUUACUUUUAAUAAAUGAUCAAUACGAUGUGAUAUUCCAUAUAAAUAUGAAAUAUCAAUAUUAUUGAUCUUUUGAAAUUUCAUCUAAAAUGAAACCAGGUCAUUUUGGUAGUUCGGGGAAAUCACACCUUCGUAAUAUUUUGAGACCGAGCGAAGAAUAGUUUCUAAAAACCACCUUAAUACAACAUUUCUACUACUGUGUGGAUGGUGGCACAGGAGUUAAGUGCUCGCCCCGUAAUCGAAUGGUUGCAGGUUCGAGCCCCCGCUUAAUCUGUCGCUGUCGUUGUGUCCUUGGGCAAGACACUUCACUCACCUUGCCUGCUGCUGGUGGUCGGAGGGACCGGUGGCGCCAAUGCUCGGCAGCCUCGCCUCUGUCAGUGCGCCCCAGAGCAGCUGUGGCUACAUCGUAGGUCAUCCCCGCCAGCGUGUGAAUGUGUGUGUGAAUGGGUGAAUGACUGAUUGUGUUGUAAAGCGCCUUGGGGGGUUCCAGGACUCUAGAAGGCGCUAUAUCAAAUACAGGCCAUUUACCAUUUACUAAUGAUGACACGGAACAAACGAUGAUAAAUUAUGGUUGAAAGAAGAUAACUGGGACAAUGAAUGAAAUGAUGGAAUGUGUACUUAGAUGUUAUGUAGCAAAACCAAGUGUCUUAGAAAAUUGUGAUGUCUGGGUUGUAAAAUACGUCUGAAUGUAUGGUAUAACAAUCUCUAUUAAAACACCAUCCCACGCCA